ACGAUUGAGCUCACCAGCUUUAGUGUGACAGGCUUUGGGUAUUUUGUCUUAAAAACAUCGUUUUAACAGCAAAAACUUGGAUUCACCUUUUCAGCAGCUUCGUAUCCGUCAUAGCUGAAACAUUUGGCCUGUCUAUUGACCUAGACUCAGAAAUGAUAUUAAUAAACUGCCCCAAGACUAUUAAUAUUAUUCUUAAAGACUCUACGUGAGAGGCAGUUGACAAGGGCCUCGCGARACGAGAAGAUUCAGUUAAUUGAUGUUAUAUUUUCACUUAUCCUUCGAUACGCCUCUUCAUCUUCGCUCCUGUUUCUGGGUUGAAGUUGACAUUGCGAGGAACACAGAUUACAARCCUAGACCUCCAAGAAGCGUUUAUCAAACCUGCGCCGAGUUGCUCGUUCGCUUUCUAAUCAGGACAACCAAGCUACGCUGAAUUACAGAGUAAAAGAUGAAGAGAAAAGACGCAAAUCCGGGUCGAAGACGAAAGCAAUCAGUUGUUCAAAGCAACGUGAAACCUGUAAAGAUAGUUAUACUGGGAAGUGUGGGUGUUGGCAAGUCAGCUCUUACAGUUCGUCUUCUUACUCGUCGAUUCAUCGGUGAAUACGAUGUCACACUUGAAUCAACGCAUCGUCACCAGAUUGAAAUCGAUAACGAGUUUAUAAUCAUUGAACUGACGGAUACAGCUGGCGAGAACUCUGCUGUUAAGCUCAACCACUGCAUGAACAAAGGAGAUAUCUUCCUCCUCGUUUACUCCAUCACUGAUCACAAGACAUUUGAUGAAGCCAAAAGGAUCGCAAACUACAUCAAAGAUCGCAAAAACGCUGACUCGACGACAAUGACACUUGUCGGAACGAAGCGAGAUCUUGAACACUUUCGAUCUGUGAAUGAAACUGAAGGCAGCGAGCUUGCAAAGGAAUUGGACUCCGGAUUUUACGAACUUUCAAUCUCGGACAGAGACGGAUAUCAGGAGGUUGUUGACAUGGUUAAGGCGUGUGUAAGGCAGCAUUUAAAACGAGAGAAGCAAGAACGACAACAGAAAACUAACAAUUCUUCUCUUGGGAAGAUGAAAGAAGGACUCAUUAGGAAAACUGGUUCUCUUAGACGAAAAUCAGUCGCUUUUUGAGAAGAAUUAGCCUUUAGGACUGAAUAUCAACUCAAGCCACCAAUCAUAGAGAGAAUAGCUAUUGCUAAAACAGUACGAAUCAAGCUGGGAAAUAAUCGAAUCGAAUCAGAAUCGCUUCUGGAUUCUCUGACUUUUGCGAAAAUGAAGUCGAUGGUACGACUCCUCGUUACUGAACAGAGAGCACAAAGAAGAACUAGUCUAGAGGAGUCUAGAGAGGAUUUAUAUCAUCAUCAAAGGAGCUAAUAGACGAACGCGGAAAUAGGUUUCUUUACCUGGUUACUGCAACCAUCAAUUUAGAUUUCUCUAUACAUAACUAUAGCGUUAGAAGGACAAUGAUGGUUCUUGUCCCGUGAAAAAAUAUUAAGUAAAAUACAUUACUACAUCCUAAUUCCAUUCGGUUUUCUUUCGCUUUUCUCAGUUUGACUUUUAGUCACUAAKUAUACAAUUUUGUUUCACGGGCAAGUAAAAUAUCUCUAAGUUCAUUUCCGUGGUAUUAGCUAGAUAAUCGCAGAAAACAACCGUCAACUAAGGCCUGAAAAUGGCGAAUUCCUACUUUUGCUGCAUAUCUUAUAGGACUCAUUAAAGGCGCUGGGAUCCUGAGGCUACUUUCAUUACUAUGACAACAUCAUCACUAUGGCAACUCCUUAUCAUUUAAAUCCAUGAUUAGACAGGAAAAUGUGGUGUAACAAGAAAAGACUUGUUCAUGGUUUUGAUUGAAUAAAAGGUCGCAUUUGA